UGAGGUGCGUCAUCACACGGGGACAAAGAUUCUGCAACAAAAACAACAAUUUUGUUCGGUUGAGAUCUUGUUUUCAGUUUUAUUGAUUUAUUUUUAGCACUAAGUUAUAUUUAAUUAUUCAAUCAAUAUCCCACACCGCUUUGUCAAUCAAAUAAAGAAGCGGACGUUUUUAUUUGUUAAAAAAAUCUCUAAGUAAUCUCGCUGCUCGGUAACGCGUGUGUCCGGAGUAGCGUCGCAGACUCUCAACCAUGCUCAAACGAUUUGAAGUCCGAUUUCCGGCGGAUUGCGAAACCCUCCCUGAUGGUUUCUGGUCAGCCGUGGACGUGUGGAUAAAGAAACCUCACGUCGUCAACAAGCGCCUGUGCGGCGUCCAGGAGACCGAGGUUGUGGAGGGCGAUGAAGAAGAAGCACUGCGGUUGCUGCCGCAGGAUGUUGUGGCUUGGCUCAGCGGCAGCGGCAGCCACGGCACUCACCGAACAUCUCUCUCCUCUCAUGUCAGGACGUUUAUCCCCAAAAUCGACAUAUAUGGCACAGGCAAACAGAAAGAGCUUGUUGUUAAAGACUCGGACGCACAGCAGGUGACGUUUGUUCCCUUCGAGGAGUCCGAAGCGAGACAGGUGUCUGUGAAGAAGGACAACGUUUACAGCAUCAAGCUGUGCCUGGUGGACUCCGGCCAAUGGGCGUUGGAGCUGCACGUGCGGACGGCGGAGGCGUGGUACUCGGACGGCGUGGCCUACCCCAAGCUGACCUGGCUGGCGGGGAACCUGCUGCCCAAACUGCUGGGCUGGGCCGUUGCGUCCAAGAGCGGCCAUUUCCCCAACACCUUGUCGCUGCUGCCAGUCGAGAAGUACAGCCUGACGUACCAAAGGCUCAAGGACAAGUACAAGGCCAUGGUCAAGGUGUGGCCCGAGGUGACGGAUCCGGAGAAAUUUGUUUAUGAAGAUGUCGCCAUCGCGACGUAUCUCCUGGUGCUUUGGUCCGAGGAGCGGGCGGAACACAACGUGGACGUCCGCCAGUCCUUCGUGGACUUGGGCUGCGGUAACGGACUCCUGGUGCACAUCCUCGCCAACGAAGGGCACCCUGGAAAGGGGAUUGAUGUCCGUAAGCGGAAGAUCUGGGACAUGUACGGCCCCGACACUGUGCUGCAGGAGGAAGCCAUCACCCCCGGCGAGAACUUCUUGUUCCCGGAGACGGACUGGUUGAUCGGGAACCACUCGGACGAGCUGACGCCGUGGAUCCCCAUCAUGGCAGCCAGGUCAUCGUGCACAUGUCGCUACUUCGUCCUCCCUUGUUGCUUCUUCGACUUUUUCGGAAAGUACCGCCGGCGGGACAGCCAAAAGUCUCAGUACAAGGAAUACAUCGACUUCAUUGACGAAGUGAGCCGAGUCAGCGGCUUCCACACGCUACAGGACUGCCUCAGGAUUCCCUCCACCAAACGGGUAUGCUUGCUGGGAAAGAGACGCACGUACGAGGCGAGCGAGGAGGCUUGGGCAGAGGAUCGGCGAGCCGGUUUCAUCCGAAGCCGUCACGUCGCAUCCGAAGGCGACGGCGGGGAUCCCGGGGGUCCCUGGGAAAUGGGUUUCCGGCCUCGCGAGCGAAUGGAAACGGUGCGCAACUGCAUGGCGCUUUCUCGGGAUCUGGUGGACGGCGUCGUGCUACGCGUGGCCGAGGCCCUUCUGGGAAUGUCCGAGGAGCGCCCGUCCUCCGGUGACUGGAAGCGAGGAGGGAGCUUGUGUGUGGGCGGGGUGGCGGCGCUUUUGCCUCAGGACACGCUCAAGCAGCUCAAGAACGAAUGCGGUGGCCUGCAGACGCUAUUAAAGAAUAACCAUCAAGUUUUUCAAGUGGAAGGCGGAACAGUGCGCAUCCGAGACUGGCGGGACGCAAGGCCCCAGAGGACGCAUGGUAAGAGGAAGGCGGCUUUGUCGCCCGGCGCCCUGAAAACCCGGCCGUGCUGGUUUGACCGCCACCACCCUCAAGGCUGCCCCCUACUGGCCGAAAAGUGCACUUUUGCUCAUGGACUUGAGGAGUUGCGAGCGUCCACCAGACCUGAGAGGAACAAGGCAAAUAAGCACCUUUGAGCUUUGCAUCAUUCAAAUGCGGUUUGACUUUUUCUCGCCUUACCACCAAGUGUUUUGCCUUCGGCUUUCAACGAUUUUGCUUGGAAUGCCCUUUUAUUCUCAGAAGUUUUGAGUCAGUUUUUUUUUGGUUUGUUUUUUUGAGAAAGUACAAUUGAAUCCUGGCAGUUUUUCUUGCAAAAUGAAGACUCAAGAAAAUAUACGUCUCGAUUUGUCUUCAAUUCCACCAUUUGUUCUGAUAAUGUUCUGGCUUUGUGACGUCGAAUUACUUCCUCCCACUUUCUCUUUUUUUUUUUGCAAAGUUCUGAUUUUUUUUCUUAUGAUUCUCCAACUUAAUUCUGGUGACGUUUUAACUUUUGUCACAAAGAAGGACAAUUUCAUUCUGGUAAAACUGACUUUUUUUCUGGUAACAUUACAUUUUUUUUUUCUUGGUGA